AUUUAAAAAUUAACCCGUAAAAACAAAGUUUUUCACUAUAAAUCCUUUAUAUGCGUGGCGGCUAAAGUCCUCUCGUCCUCUGGCUUGAGAUGGCUGCCACCUAUGGGUCAGAUGAUUGCCUGCCACCAUUAAGCAAUUGGUCAUUAAAUAUAAUUAAUUUUUUUCCCUAAAAAGUGUAAAAUUUUGGGAAAAUUUUUUUACGAAAAUCAAUUGUCACGCACAACGAGUCUGUGUGCAAAACGUCAGCUCGAUUGGAUCACGGGAAGUGGGUUAAAAAACGACCGAAAGAUUUGCACGGUCCUAAGCAAGCAAGCAAGCGAGCGAACUUAAUAUAAAGGAUUUAAAAAAACACUCACCCCGCUCCAAAACGCACUCGACCCCACCAGGCGUAGAGCGAGCGACCGUCCAAACGAUGCUGGAAUCCGGCAACAUGGAGGAGCGCGACUUCACAUGCCCCGUGUGCCUGGAGCUUUUCGUCGACCCCGUGACCCUCAACUGCGGCCACACCUUCUGCUCGGCCUGCAUCGAGCGCCACUGGGGCACGGAAUCGGCGGCACGUGGCGGCUUCACGUGCCCCGAGUGUCGUCAAACCUACCCCGCCAAACCCGAGUUGCGCAAGAGCAUCCUCGUGGCAAACCUCGUGGCUCAGAUGCGCAGGCCGCGUGAUCACACCCACAACCCCCGCUGUGACGCGGAGGCGUGGCUCUAUGACGGAGGCGUCGCCGUGGCGACGGGGUCGGUGGGCGUGGUCCCGUGCGGCUGUUGCCCGGGUGGGGCUCGCCCGGCCGUCAAGAGUUGCGCUCACUGCGAGAUGUCCUUCUGCGAGAUGCACCUGGCGCCUCACCGGCAGGUGCCCCACCUGAAGGCGCACGAGCUGGUGCCCCCCAUUGGGGGGCUGGGCAUGCGCGAGUGCAGGGAGCACGGGCGCCGCGUGGAGCUCUUCUGCCGCAGCGACUCACAGCUGCUGUGCGGCGCCGCCUGCGCCACCCUGCACAGCCAGCACGAGCUGGUGCCCGUCCACCAGGAGCACGCCCACAGACUGGAUCAGCUGGGCUCGUUCAAGGAGACGCUGCUGACACGCGAGACGUGGAUGGCUUCGUACGUGGAUGGUGCGGGGCGCUCAUCAGACGCACUGAAGCUGUGUGCGGAGGAGACCCGCUCGCGCCUGCUCAGCAAGUACGACGAGCUGAUGCGGGCCUUGUCGGAGGAGCGCGACGAGGCCUUGCGGUCCGCGGGCCGCGAGCGGGACGACGGCCUGGCCCAGGUGGCCGGUGGCCUCGCGCGGUGCGAGGUGGCGCUGGGAGGGGUGCGCGCGGCGCUGGCGGCCGUCGCUCGACUCGAGGGCACGCAGGGACACGCCGCUUUCCUGGCGAAGUGCACUCAAGAAUGGCAGAGCAUAGCGGCGCUUGUGGCCACGCCGGUGGAGCCCGCCCCUGUCCCGAGCCUCUCGCUGGUGACGGUGGCGCCGCUGGAACGACGUCUGGACGAGAUGCUCGCCACCUGCAAAGCCUCCCGCGUGACUGCUGCUGCUUCCGCUCCUCCGGCUGCUUCCGCUGCUGCUGCUACUGCUGCUGCUACUGCUGCUUCCGCUCCUCCGGCUGCUACUGCUACUGCUGCUGCUACUGCUGCUGCUACUGCUGCUACUUCGUUGCGGCCUUGCGUGGCGGCUCGGCCAUCGACGGCCUCAGGAGCGGCCGUGCAGCAGCCGCAUCAUCAUCCCCACUCCUCCUCCUCUUCCUCCACCUCUUCGACGAUCACAGAAGAACUCAAUCGGCUGAUGAUGGGCCGUGUCACUCCGCCACUGCGUCCGGCUCCGACUGCACCGUCGUCGUCGUCCGGUCCCCGACAACCGAGGAGCUUCCCGGUCGCGCCUUCGACGCCGGGCAAGGCCCCGCCACCACCGUCGAAAGGGAGGCGGCUGCCUUCUCCGCAGCUCGCGACGGCGCCCGACGAAGACUACGUGAUUCCGCUGGAGUUCCCCGAUCGGUCUCUACCGCCGCCGCCGCCGCUGCUGCCCAGAGUCGCGGUCGGGCAGAUCCAGCGCCCGCGACUCCCAGUUCCGGCGAAGCCGCAGCAGCCGCAGCAGCAGCAGCAGGCGCAAGAUCUGCAGCUGCGGCUGCUGCAACAGCUGCAGCGGGAGGGGGUCGCGCCCGCCUUCGAUGUCGCCAAACCCCCCAGCAGGGACGACCUCAUUAACAACUACGGCUUCUCGCCCACGCUGAACCCCAACUCGGCGUCUCCACGCCUCCAGCUGUCGCGCGACCUCCGCUCGGCCAAGCGCGUCGCCUACCCACAGCAGCUGGCACCGCACGCAGAACGCUUCGACGGCUGCCCGCAGGUCCUCGCCGCCGAGAGCCAAUUCUCGGGCCAACGCUACUGGGAGGUCAAGGUGGAGUGGGCACGCUGGUGCACAGUCGGUGUCGCGUACGGCAGCGCUCCGAGGAAGGGCCCGAGCGAUGCCUGCGGCCUCGGAGUGUCCCCCGACGUCUCGUGGUGCCUGGAGAAAGACCGGGGUGCCUGUUUCUCGCGUCACAAUGGAGCCAAGGUGCCCGGCGGGGCGAGGGCCAAUCGCAAUCUCAGGACAGUGGGCGUGUUCCUGGACUGGGCCGUGGGUAUUCUGGCGUUCUACGACGCGGAUUGCAUGGAGCUGCUGCACGCGUUCAACACAGGAGAAGUGACGUCAUGA